AUGCCGGCCUUCGCUGUUCCUCUCCGCCGCCAUGACCUCCUCCUGCGUGCGCCGCCCAUGCCGGUGAGCCCCUCUCCUUUCCCUGCCCUCCUCUGUUCGGCACCGCCGCCCAGCUCAGCCGCCGUGCGCGCCACACUCCUGGUCGCGCCGCGUCGUGCCGCCUCCGACCCGCGCCGCCGCGCCGCGCAGCCUGACCGCCCAGUCCACCGCGUAGCCGGCCACCCCUCCCCGUUGUGCGCGCCAUCGUCGUGCAAGCAUAGCCGCCGCUCGGCCCACGUCGCGUCAAGCCGUCCUGGCCACUGCCGCACGCGGGCCGCCGCCCUCUAUGCCGCGCUCUUGCGUUUCCCGCGUGUGCCGCCAUCUCCUCCGGUGCCGCCUACAUUGCCUCGGCCGGCCACCAUCCGUCCGGCAAGCUCCAGCCUCAACCCCCCGGCGUCCUCUCUCUCCGCCGGCCUCACAUCUCCGGCUCCUCCUCCCUCUCCGACGCCACCAACUCCACCGGCGCGUGCCGCACAGCUCCGCCGUGUGCCGUCGCCGGUGAGUUCCACCGCCGCCUCCGUCUCCUCUCCAGCCGACUUCUACUCUCUCCCCGGCCGCUCCCCUUCUCCCUUCUCCCCGGCUGACCGCCCUCCGCGCUCGCCUCCCUCCACCUCUCUCUGUUAA